AUGAGACCUGUACAUAUUGCCUCAAUAUUUUUUAUAAGUAUUACGUUUUACGUGGAAAUCUGUGCUGAAAAGAAACUACGAUUAAUUGGUGCCCAGCCUGCACAGCCCGGUCAAUUUCCUUGGAUCGUAUCUCUACAGCGAACAAGAACGGUAAGAGGAAAUGAAACCCUUAUGCACUUCUGUGCAGGCUCCAUCGUUGAUUCUUCUCACGUGGUCACAGCAGGUCACUGUGUAUGGAACAAUACCAAUGUGGUCAUCACUGUUAUUGCCGGGGCCUUGAAUAUUUCUGCCAAUGAGGACAAGCAACAAAGGGUUUAUGUCAGAACAAUUCAUGUGCACCCAAAAUAUAAAAGCCGGAACACGGCAGGUCCGAAUGACAUUGCAAUUUUGACACUGGCCACGCCGCUAAAAUUUAACGAGCGGGUGGCAUCAAUUGCCCUCCCUGACCCGGUCAAACCUGCAUCAGGCGAAUGCAAAUAUGCCGGCUGGGGAAAUCGUUUUCUUAUUUCCGGAAUUUACUACAAUCCUUCUCCAAUUCUCGGCACAGUGAGUUCGACCGUAAUUUCCAGGUUCUCAUGCACCAUGCGCUAUCUGUUCGUCUUUCGGAGACAGCUAGACACAGCACUUUGCACAUCAGCCGGACCUCUGCGUGGGUCCUGUCAGGGCGACAGUGGUGGUCCCGUUACCUGUUACAACUCUGACAAUACCCCAUAUCUUGCUGGAGUAGUAAGCUGGGGUUACUUUAUUUGUGGAGACGGCUUUCAUCCAGACGUUGCAACGGAUGUCGCAAUUUUUAGUGAUUUCAUAAAAAAAUAUAUGAACGAUUAAAUAUGAAACCUCGUUAUAAAAAUAGUGGUACAUGUAUCCGCGUAGUACUUAUAAAGUGGUGCAUUAUUUUUACAAUAAGUAAUCUUAAAUUGUUCUAUAUUUUGCGAAGAAAAUCGGUACAGAACAAGAAGCGUAAAAGUAAGCGGACGAGAACCCCAACGUUAAAAGGCAUUUCAUAUCGUCCAGCAUAAGACUUUAAAAACGCGAAUGAAAUUCAUAAAUAUAAUAAUUCAAUUUAACUGUUAACCACGAUGAUACUUAUGUAUGAUCAAGCACAGUUGCACUCACCAUUUAUACACAUUCAAUUAUCAAAGACAAUAAGUAAGUGUGAUUAUCUAUUUGCUGGUUUUUGUUAUUUAUAUGACACGUGAAUACACAGGG